UGUGUUCCCAUUGGUCUGAGGACUUGCGUCAGGAGCGUAGGGCGGAAGUGGCUGGGAAUGGCAGGACAGGGUGUGAGGAGUUGGUGAAGAUGGAGGAGCAGGAUGCCAGGGUUGCAGCCCUCGAACCAUUCAGGGUGGAGCAGGCACCACCUGUAAUCUACUAUGUCCCAGACUUCAUCUCCAAGGAAGAGGAGGAGUAUUUGCUUCGACAGGUCUUUAAUGCCCCAAAGCCAAAGUGGACCCAGCUCUCCGGGAGGAAGUUACAGAACUGGGGUGGGCUCCCUCAUCCCCGGGGGAUGGUCCCCGAGCGGCUGCCUCUGUGGCUCCAGCGCUACGUGGACAAAGUGUCGGACCUCAGCCUUUUUGGGGGUCUCCCAGCCAACCAUGUCCUCGUGAACCAGUAUCUGCCUGGGGAGGGCAUCAUGCCCCAUGAGGACGGACCACUGUACUACCCGACUGUCAGCACCAUCAGCCUGGGCUCCCACACCAUGCUGGAUCUCUAUGAACCGCGGCAGCCAGAGGAUGACAACACUUCAGAGCAGCCCCGACCACCCCCCCGGCCUGCUACGUCGCUACUGCUGGAACCGCGCAGCCUGUUGGUGCUCCGUGACACCGCCUACACGCGCCUCCUCCACGGCAUCGCGGCCGCCCGCGUAGACGCGCUGGAUUCCGCCUCCCUGCCGCCCAACGCGGCCGCCUGCCCGUCGGCGCGGCCCGGAGCCCGCCUGGCCCGCGGCACCCGGGUGUCCCUGACCAUCCGCCGCGUGCCCCGCGUGCUGCGCACCGGCAUCCUGCUCGGCAAGUGACUGUCAGGCGACUGUCCCCGGGGGCAGCCGCCACCCUGUGGCCUUGGAUCCCCCGGCAGAGGUGGCUCCCCCCCGGCUUAUUUAUUUUCCCAAUAAUUUUGUGGCAACCACAGGAAAGGAUCCCAUUCUAAAUAAACCAAAAAUAUCGUUC